AUGUUUUGUGGAGGUUACCCGUAUAUUAGUACAUCAUAUCCAAUACCCGUAACGAUCCACAGCAUUACAGAAUCAGAGUUCCUGGAAUCUUUGUGUACAGGUCCGUCGAAAAAUCACCAUUCUCGAUACAUACCAAAAGUUCGUCUCAUGAUCUGGUGGUGGAUUUCUGCUGUUAAACCUUAUUCUGGCCUUGAUUCAGAGGAAGUCUCUCGUCUGUUCACUUGGGAUAUAUUGAGCACUACCUUAUUACCUCACAAUCCAGAAAAAAAAAACAAAGCGACUCGCAAUCAUCAAGUCAUUAACAACCCGGGGAAAAAACGCUAG